AUGGCCGUCCUUCGCCUCGACGGCGCUAGAAGCUUCCUGCUUGCCCGGCGGAGCUGCACCGGGACGCCAUCUGCUUCUGGGGCCAACCAUUUACUUGAUCCGCCCUCGGCCCUACCAGACAUGCCAUCCUUCUCGGUCCCCACGGCCGGUUGCCGGACGAACCCUCGCCCCUCUCCACGGCGGGCCCAUGCUGCCUCUCUCAGCCGCCAGGGAUCGCUCGCGGAUGUGCUCCCUACGAGUGUUCCCUACCACUACAUGUUCCUUCGUUCGUGCCUCCUGCAGCUCGUGGCCGUCUCCAUCGGGAGAGGGGCGCUCGUCUCCGUCCUGUCUGCUCCUCAAGAUCAGAGGAUCGUCGAGUCGUCUGCAUUAGUGGCCGUCAGGACUGAGAUCGAGCCGCCGCCGUUCCACUCUGACCAACCAGGCACCGUCGAAGCAGGCUCGGAAGCCCUGGUUUGGUCCGACCCGGGCGCCCUCGAACAGGCGCAGCGGUCCAGCGAGCGGCCGAGGGGCAGGGGGUGGGGAGGCGAGCAGAAGACGCGCGAGACGAACAGCAAACGAACGAGAGGGCGAGAGCGAGAGCGAGAGCGAGAGAGCGAGAGCCGUCCCUCGGAGUGGGCUGUAAACGAGGAUCAGGAACGGCGGCCGUCCGGGAAGACCGCCCGUCCGCCGUACAGGCAACUCGUUGGCAGCAGAGCUGUUAUCUGUGGCUUUCCCCAUGUACCAUAUCCUUCCGACCGCACCUUCGAGCCGGAGAUCGACCUCAGCUGCGCCGAGGCCGCUGCACCGUCCCCAUGCGAUGCGCCGUGGUGGAGCGACCUAGCGUCCGGCAGCAGUUUUUUCAUCAACUGGCAAGGAGGCACGCCAGCACAUCAAGAUGGGUCACACUCUUCCAAGAGCGAGUCCUAUCUUCGCUCGCCUUUGCCUCGACGAGUGCUCGCCCGGUUCCCUCCAGACACCCCCCGGCCGCGCGCUAGCAAGCUUCUCUCUGCCGACGCAAUAAAACACAGGUCCUUCGCCGUCGAGCACUCCUCGUCUCCGUUUGCACAAACUGUAAUCUAA